CAGUGUGAAGCAAAAGGUAGUUUGAGAUGUGUUGACUCCUUUCAACGAAACCAAACCUAUCAUCAUACACAGCAAACCCGUGCCUCUGCUCUUCGUCGUUCGUUGCCCAAACCGAAACGAAUAGUGAACACUGGACACACAUGGAUUUGGACCGGUGGAUCUCCAUGGUCAAAGAUGGCCAACAUCUUCUCGAAGACGAGCUUCAACUUCUCUGCGAAUACGUAAAAGAGAUUCUUAUUGAGGAGUCCAAUGUGCAGCCUGUCAAUAGUCCAGUAACUGUUUGUGGUGACAUUCAUGGUCAAUUCCAUGAUCUAAUGAAACUUUUCCAGACCGGGGGCCAUGUGCCUGAGACAAAUUAUAUUUUUAUGGGAGACUUUGUUGAUCGAGGUUACAAUAGUCUUGAAGUUUUCACCAUCCUUUUACUUCUAAAAGCUAGAUACCCAGCUAAUAUUACCCUUUUACGUGGAAAUCAUGAAAGUAGACAAUUAACCCAGGUCUAUGGAUUUUAUGAUGAAUGCCAGAGGAAGUAUGGCAAUGCCAAUGCUUGGCGGUAUUGUACAGAUGUGUUUGACUACCUAACACUUUCUGCUAUUAUUGAUGGAACAGUGCUUUGUGUUCAUGGUGGCCUCUCUCCUGACAUUCGAACAAUCGAUCAGAUACGUGUGAUUGAACGGAAUUGUGAAAUUCCUCACGAGGGUCCUUUUUGUGAUCUAAUGUGGAGUGAUCCUGAAGAUAUUGAAACAUGGGCAGUCAGUCCCCGUGGAGCAGGUUGGCUUUUUGGAUCCAGGGUCACUUCCGAGUUCAAUCACAUAAAUAAUCUUGAUCUUGUUUGUCGAGCGCACCAACUCGUUCAAGAAGGCCUCAAGUAUAUGUUCCAAGAUAAAGGACUUGUAACUGUGUGGUCUGCACCUAAUUACUGUUACCGAUGUGGAAAUGUAGCUUCUAUUCUGAGUUUCAAUGAAAAUAUGGAAAGAGAAGUUAAAUUUUUCACUGAGACAGAGGAGAACAAUCAGAUGAGAGGGCCCAGAACAGGCGUUCCAUAUUUCUUAUAACUCGGUUGUUUUUGUUUCAAUUUAUUGUAAAAUUAUUGAUAUAGUAAAUGGCUUUAAUAUCAUGACAUUGAUAGUCAUGUACUAGUGUUCGGCCUUUUAAAGGUGGACCUUGUUGGUUACAUGCUUACCAAUCCAGUUAUAUCUUAACAUUUGGUUGCUCGGGGGUUGACCCAAAAAAAAUAAAUUUGGUUGCACGGAUAAUUUU